AACCGGACUAAAGCGUUUUUUCUGUUUGUUGCAGUCCGUCUCCUCGUUCAUCGGAGUUCUCAGCCAACCGUCUCUGUUCCGUCUGCAGAAAUGGCUAGCAACCCCAGAGUCUUCUUCGACGUCACCGCCAAUGGCGCAAGCAUUGGCCGGGUCGUGAUGGAGCUUCGUGCUGAUGUGGUGCCCAAGACGGCUGAAAACUUCCGUGCCCUCUGCACAGGUGAGAAGGGCUUUGGCUACAAGGGCUCCACCUUCCACCGGAUCAUCCCCAACUUCAUGUGCCAGGGCGGAGAUUUCACCAACCACAACGGAACUGGUGGAAAGUCUAUCUAUGGUAACAAGUUUGCAGAUGAGAACUUUGCCCUGAAGCACACUUGUGAAGGAACCCUGUCUAUGGCCAAUGCUGGACCAAACACAAAUGGGUCCCAGUUCUUCAUCUGCACAGAAAUAACUUCAUGGCUUGACGGCAAACAUGUGGUGUUCGGCAAAGUGGUGGAAGGAAUGCCUGUGGUCAAGAAGAUGGAGUCUUACGGCAGCCAGAGCGGUAAAACCAAAACCAACAUUGCCAUCGCCGACUGUGGUCAGCUCUGAGUUCCUGCACUUAACCUGUCUCUGUUGGCCCUGUAAUCACAUGCCCUGUAAACCCCAAUUUAACAUUCCUAUUGAUGGAGACCCCCCAUUUCUAUACAGUAUGAAUACAGUUAUUGAAAUAUGGUGUUGCAUUUGUGACUUUGCCUCUGAAGUUUCUUCUGCAUUGAUUUGUUUUCUCCACAAAUUCCCAGCAGUUUCUUUGUUUUGUUCAGUUGUACAAAUGACAGAAAAUAAAACAAGAUGCCUUGACAAUUGA